UCGAAUACAGCGGAUUCAUCAAAAAUCAAGAUGGAGGUUUGCUUAUCCGGUUGUGUGUUCUCUUCGUUGAUUUACGAACUAGAAAAUAGCGAGGGAGACGUGGAGGGGCUUUUAUUAGGCCAGAUCACAAGCCGUAUUGUCAACACUAUCACCGAUUCGCAGUCAGAAAACUUGACACACGAGCGAGUAGCGACAAUUCAAGGUUUCGUUCCCUUUGGAAAAGUGCAUAGUUUCUACACUGGUGUCGGCGAUAUAGUUGAGGAUACUGUUUCAGAGGAACUCAAUAACGAUAAUGAAAAGACUGAAAAAGUCAUUGGCUGGUUUAAGUUUCGUCGCAAUACCCAAGGCUUGGUUUCAAUGAGGGAAAGAAUUAUCCAUCAUAAUCUUAUUAAAAAGUUCAACUUCAUCCCUACCAAAGAAUUCAUCAUGGCAAUCUUCACAGCACACAUGUCCAGAGAUAUGGCUACUCACAAAUUAGACUACAGCUUUUGCCGUUCUGUACACGAUGGAGGGCAUUUUGAGCCAGUUCAAGUGCAGAUUCUAAACCUUGGAGAUACAUCACAUUCCGAGUACAGACUCAAUUGCCACUCUGCUCAGGCCACGUCUAGUCUGUUUCAUGAAGUAAUCGAUUCUUACAGGAAUGACUUUGUUGACAACAAAGGAUGUAUACAACAAGCUUCUAACAUGCAUGGCAUGUAUAUUACCAUGAUGAAAAAGCUACAGGAACUGGUUGAAGUAGUAAAAAAUAGUGAAACAACUGUAUCAUCGUUAACUGAGGAAGUUGAAAGCAGAAAAAGGCAACUGGAAGAAUGUCGACAACAACAAGCCAGCAAAAAUGUGCCAUGUGAAGUGGACGAAAAGCGACCUCUACAACCAAAUUCUGUAUCAAAUGAAUCCAACCAGGAGACAGAAAAUGAUAAUAAAACUGCGCAGGAAAAAGGAUCAAAAAUGCCUAUCACGGAUAACAAAAAUACAGAUGCAAUGACAUCCACUGAAAAUAAAUCAAUGGAGACAAAUGAUCAAGCCAUUCUACAUGAAAAUGAUGCUCCAAUGGAGGAUAAGUCCUCUGUCAACUCUGAGAGUUUUCCUAGAACUUCAAGACGGAAACAGAAGACUCCUGCGAAAGUUUCACAUUAUCCAAGUCCAGAAAAUGAUGAUGACAUAACAGAUGAUGAAACACAACCAUAUUCCAUAGAUGACAAUAUUAGGGGACCAGACUAUGAAGAUAAAUUUGCUAAGAAACUUGCUAUGGAAUCAUCUUCUCCAGUUUUUUAGCACCGAUCAAGACAUUUUAAAAAAGGACUGUUUUUCAGAUUACUAAGUUUCUCUAGUUCUGUUGUGGAAUUGGGCUGGAUUCUGUGAAGUUCAUCUUGAAACUGAAAGGAAUCAAACCCUAAUAAAUUAUACAUUUAAGUUUACCAUGUUUAGGAUUGGGCAACCUCUCAAAAACAAAAAUUAGACACUUUGAGAUGUUAUCUUUGAGCUAGAAACAUAUGACAGUAUAUAUUAACAAAUUAUGUAAAUUUGAACACCAUUUAAUGUUGUUAGUACUCAUCUGGUGUCAUAUUAUGGAUGUAGGAUACAAUACCUGCAAACGUUUUUCAGAUGAAAUUUAAAAUCUACCUAAUUGCAAUUUGAUGCAAGUGAAUGAACCCCAUAACAAAGAAGGGUCUGCUGGUUAACCCAAAUUUGUGACUAGUAAGUUGUCACUGUGUGGUUAUUGAGUAAAAUGUCAGCUCAAAACAGCCAGACUGCAAAGGAACUUGUUGGACUUUGCUUGAAAGCAUCCAACAUAGCCAUUAUCAGACAGUGCUUCCUAAACUUGAUGAACUUUCUAAGCAAAAGGGAAAUAUAUUCAUUUGUUUUUUUUUUAUUAAACGAUUCAUUUCCAAAUUGAAAGAAAGGCUAUGUGUAAUUGCUAGCCUCUCAAUUGUCCAAUCUACUUUGCAAUCAAGGACAAUUUUAAAGACUUGUACACAGAAGUUUUGUAUGUGCCAUUUUUCCUGUAAAUACAGAUUAGUGCAAUGUCACUUAUUUGCAUGUUUUAUACAAUUUGUGAUUGAAGUAUUAAAACAAACCCAUGUAUUAUAUUAUUAACAUAACUAUCUACUUGUUUUAGUUAAAUUUGAUUUCUUCUGAGCACAUCUUUUCAGUAGUCAUUGAAGUUGUUUUGGUGCACAUUUUUUUCUCUAAUUACUUUUGCAUAAUUUUGUUGCUUUGGCCACAUGGGAAUGAGUCAUUUGGAGUGGAGAUUUCUUUAACUCUCAAUAAGCAUGAGAAUUAUGAGAGAAAACGUGGUGAUUGUCAAGGAAGAUUUGAACAGGUUCAAAUUUUAUGAGUUGCUACAAUCAGGGACAAAAGUGUUGCUCUAAGACAUUUCUGCAAGUGGAACAUUUCUGAACAGAAAUCCACAUUUCCCUUGAUAGCGAAAACACCUUUUAAGUCAAUAGCCACCCCCACCCCCUAAUCAAUGUUGAAACAGGCUUUGUCAAUUUUUGUUCUCUCAUGUGGUUACAACACUGGAAAGGGGAAAGGGGAUGAAAUAUGAGGAGUGGAGAUAGGAUAAAUUACACUCUAAGGGGGAAGGUUUGUUUUCUGGUAGUGUCUCGACUACUUUUGUCCUUGAUUGUAGGUGUGUAUGGGAGUUUUGGGGCAAAAAAAGAGUAUUAUAGUUUUGAUUCUGGUUAUUCUUACUUGUUUCUGUUUGGUAUAGGCUUUACACAUGGUUGGAAAUGUUCCUUAGAGUGACCUCAUUUCACUGUGCUUUCAAAUAAUAUCACGUGAACUAAACAAAAGUUCACUUCAAAAGGUUCAGAAUGUGACUUAUAUGGAUUGUGAUUGGUAGAU